CUGCAUUAAAAAUGCUGAGAGAAAGGGGAGGGACAGAGGAGGAGACUGACAGGAGAGCAUCAGUAGACUUGCUCAAACACAAAUCAGACCCAGAUAAUCCUGGAGAGAAGGAGGAGGGGACCAGGAAAGGCUGUGGGGUGCCGUUGCUGAAUCACACAGAGUCCAGUUCCUGGGGAUCUUUGUUUCUGAAGAAGUGCUGCUUUUAUGUGACGUGUGGCUGAAUUGUGAUGAAAGACUGCCGUAUCACAGGACUGCUAGCCCUCAUGAAAUAUGAGUCACUCCGUUGUGGCAUCACCAGUCCUGCUGGACCGUGACCUGACUCUGCUGCUACAAGUCCCGCUGAACCAAGAGCAGAUGCUUCAGUCUUCAGAGUGAGGGAUGUCUCAGUUCUGUAACUCACUACCAGAGAACAACGCCUUCCACCAAGACCCGAGACACUUAUGAUACCUAGGUGUGAGUCCUGAAGACUGAAGAAGAUCCCUCACCUCCUCUAAUGGAGGACCCCUGUCCAGGGCUGGCCGAAUACUUUGACCUCCAGUCCUUUCCAGGGAACCACUCGGCGUGGAACGGGAGCUGCGACUACGCCUACGCCCUUGGGGGCGGGGACGGGAGCGCUCUGGAGACGGGGGACCACGCCCACCUCCCCGCCCGCGUCUUCAUCGGCGUGGCCCUGGCGGCCAUCAUGCUGGUGUGUGGGCUGGGCAACAGCCUGUUCGUCACCGCCCUGGUGAGCUGCCGCAAGCUGCGCAGCGUCACCAACCUGCUGAUCGCCAACCUGGCCGUGUCCGACCUGCUGGUGGCGCUGGUGUGCUGCCCCUUCGAGAUGCACUACUACGUGGUGCAGGAGCUGUCCUGGAGCUUCGGGCCCCAUCUCUGCUCGGCCGUCACCUACCUGCGCUCCGUCUCGCUCUACGUCUCCACCGACGCCCUGCUGGCCAUCGCCAUGGACCGGUACCUGGUGAUUGUGCACCCACUGAAGCCCAGGAUGAGCUCCCACAGGGCCUGCUGUGUCCUGGGCAGCAUCUGGCUCUUCUCCCUGCUGGUGGCCCUGCCCUCCGCCUACUUCAGCACCCAGACCCAGUUCGGCGCCCUCCGUGGGUCGCUGGGCGACAAGGCCUACUGCGUCCAGAUCUGGACGGCCGACAAGGCGGCGCUCUACAAGACCUACUUCCUCUUCCUGUUCGUCGCCCAGUUCCUCCUGCCUGUGCUGACGAUGUCGGGGUGCUACGUCCAGAUCUGCCACGCGCUGUGGUUCAAGAACCUGCCGGGGUUCCAGACGGAGCAGAUCCGCGGGCGUCUGAGGGCCAGGAGGAAAACGGUUCUGGUGCUCCUGGGCAUCCUGUUGACCUACGUCCUGUGCUGGACGCCCUAUUACAGCUACUCCAUCAUCCGAGACUUCUUCCCGGGGCUGCUGGUGCGCUUCACCCACUCGGUCUCUCUCUACUACCUGGUGGAGUGCAUCGCCAUGAGCAACAGCGUCAUCAACACGCUCUUCUUCAUCAUGGCCAAGAACAAGACUGGCCGCUACAUCCGCCGGGCCCUGUUCCGCCGCUGCUCCCUGCGGCCCCGCCUGCACAUGCCCGAGAGGACCACCCUGGAGCACCACUCCACCCCACACCCUGUGUCCCACUGAUUGGCCAGCAUGUGGCCAAUCACAGACUACAUGUGGACAAAUACCUUGAGAGACUAUAAAAUCACUUCUAGCUGUACAUGCAGAGCUGUGCAGCCUUGCCUAGUGUGUACAGACAUCACCUUGUAUUGUAUCAAUGUGCUUUUUGUACGUAAGCGUAUGUCUAUACACAGAAAUGUAUAUACUGUACAUAUAUUUGUGAUAUAUACUGAAAUGCAUUUCUACAACCCACACACAUUCUACCAUAUUAAGAAAAACACAAGCACUGAUUCCUGAGCUGAAUUGUACACCCCAGCUAUGUAUUUAUAAACCACCUGAUUGGUAUUGAUGUACCCCCUGCUCUAAAUUAAAAGCAGGAGGACAGUGAGCAGAAGCAGACCAGAGUGUUUAAAACCGACUUUACUGUAUUAUUCUUCUGCAAGCUGGUAAGCAACAAGGGACGGGGACCGCAAUCACCGUUGCCCUUUUAAAAUCUCCUAACUGCCAGACAGAGACAUUUAAAGGUCAGGAUGUGAAUUGGGAAUCAGGAAAAGAGGUUGGACAGCCAAUAUUAUUAAUGAGGGUAAUGCUGUCCUUCAGGAGGCGGACUCUGAAUGCUUUGAUUUUUUAAUUUAAUAUUGUGUGCUGUGUUACUUCCUGUGCUGAAUAAAAAGAAAUAUGACAGGGGAGGAGAAAGUAGGCACUUUUUGUUAUAGAGGCGAAGGUCCACUACUUGAGGAGUGGAGGGGUUAAUGAAAUGAGCAGAUCUAAAGCACACAUCUAAAGCACACAUUUGGGUCUUAUUCCCCAUCAAGAUUCACUCA